UAUACUUCGAGGUGCAAACCCAACGCGAAUUCGAAAGACCGCCAGUCAGUGUCCGCGCGCCGGCCAACUAUGUUCAUAUAUAUCAAUUGAACUACAAGUACACUUUAAGACCCUUAUGGUGUAAUUGCAAUUGUGGUGGUCUUUUUAAAUUUAUUAUUAUUAUUAAUCCGUCGGAUUUCAUGGAGGUAAAGACCACACGCGAUGCCAAUCAAACUUUAUAACUUUUUACCAAUUAAUUUUUUUUUUUUUUGAGAAAGUAGUCAGUGCUCGUGAUGCAAAAGGAUUUAUUUUAGUUCUUUUUUUUAUUUUAUUAUUACUGAUAUGAGGAAUAAUAGUGAGUGGGAAUUAUAAAUCUUAUCUUAUCAAAAUAAAUACUGUGACUGCGUUUAUCAGGAAAAUUAACUUGAUAAAUAUUUCUUGAUAAUUAAAGAAAUUAUUGAGGAUUUGUGUGAUGAAUUAUGUCAAAACCACUUACUUAAUCAUCAAAGGAAAUAUUUAAGUGUAUCCGCCGGAUGAAAUAUGAAAAUAUUCGAGCUACGACAAAUGGAUUCGCCGAUGAAAAUAACAGCAAGAGAAUCCGAGUUUUUAGGAUUAAUUAAUACGAUAAAUUAUCGACAACAACGGACUAUUUGAGGAUAAAACAAAAAAUGUAGAAGAUAAUCCUCUUGGCGAGGAAAUAAAAAAAUUUUUGGGAGAAAAAAUCAGACGAAAAUGGGAGCAGCGAGGCUGGUUCUUGGUGGUGCAAUACUUGGUCUUUUUUGGGGUGGUAUACCGCAGACAAUUGGCUCGGAUGCUCUCGAUGGAAUCUGUGAAUCAUCCCCCUGUGUCUGUGAUCUUCACGGACGGCUCACCUGCGAUUGUGAGAAUAGACCCGAGGAGCUGUUCCUGAGAGCGGAAGGAGAGCACCGCCUGAGCCAGCACACCAGCCGAAUAAUAGUCAAAAACUGUCCAUCAGUGAUCUUAAUGAACUCAAGCUUGUCACUGAUGACCGGAUUGCGAUCAAUCGACUUUAUCAACAUAUCAAACCUAACUCUCUUCACAGAAUCCUUCGAACUCUCACCAAAAACCCUGCGAGUAAUAAUAUCAAUCCACUCUGCAAGCAUCGAGGUCCUGCCCAGCUUCGUCUUCCGAGGAGACAUCGAGGCGAUAAGUUUCGAGAGCGUAAACAUCAGCACAGUGAGCGCAUUUGCAUUCGCGAACCUCGCGGGUACCGAAAAGCUCAUCCUGGAAGACUGUCUGAUAGGAACAAUAGAGGAGCAAGCGUUCAAGAAGUUCGACGUGAACUUUUUACACAUAAUCGGCGGUUCCUUUGGGGAUCAAGUUCCAAGUCGGGCGAUGAACGACCUAGAAGUGUUCACGACUUUCCGGCUAGAUGGAGUUUACAUGGGGACCGUGCGAUCUGCAGCGUUUGUCAUAAAGAAACCAAAGACUGUUACGAUACAAAAUUGCAUUAUUGAGGGCCUGGAAGGCGAAGCUUUUGAUAUCAGCACACGCGGUCCAGUGCUGAUCAAAAACAACAACUUUAACAGCCUAUCCGCGGGAUCUUUUUUGGGGAUUGGGACGGAUACUGACGAUCGUUUGCCUCCAAUGGGUUCAAAAUUGCAGGAAAUAACUUUUACGAACAACACGCUGAAUGAUUUUGAAGAAGGCUCGGUUUUGUUCGACCGCGCGAGCUUUCGUCCUGUAAUCGACAACAUUCUGAUAAAUCGAACCUGCCAAUGUUCGUUGUUAAACGAGUGGAAGAACAACAUUCUAAACUACAGCAACGUUUACACGCGUUACUACUCCGGAAACUCGGUUAUCCAGAACAACAAUAACUUGCUGGAACCAAUUGAGGAGGGAACGUUUUACUGCUUGGACACCAACGGUGACAUUAGUGGUACCAAUAGUAUGAGUAUUAGUGGAUUUACCAGUAGUUUUCGUGAUUACGAGUUACGCAGGUGUACUAUCGGUAAUUCGACGAUGUUACUGUUAGUUGUAAUAACGAUACUUAUAUUUUUAUUAAUAGUUGGGAUAGUUCUGGUGGUUUGGUGUUGCAAAAGACACCGCGAUAAUGGACAAAAACAGUGGAUAAGUGUACCGACCAGUGCCCCAGACGUUGUUUCUAAAAAGAACGGGGUUAUUGGACGUGGUGGUGUUAAUGGUAGUGCUAGUGAUGGUAACAAUUCUAACAGAACACCUGUCGACUCGAGGAUAACUAUGGUUGUCCCGGAUGGAAGGCUCUAUCGUGAAACUGAGUUUCAUGUUAUUGUUGAGAAAGCUGAACCACUUACUACAGAAUUGUAACGAGAGCUUCCGCGCGCCUCAGGCUCUGGAUCGAGUAAUUAUCGCUGUCGAGGUGAUAAUUUUGGUGUUAAUACUCAGUUCAGGGCUGGGGAGCGCGAGUGUCGUGUUUACAAAUUGUAAAUUAUGGAUUAAUAUUUCUGUGAACGGUAUUUUAUUUUUAAUAAAUCAUUUUGAUGGUCUAAUUAGCAAUUUUUCUAACUCUUUAUUUUUUAGAAGGUGAU